GGCUAACCCCAGCCUAAAUUCAAAUUUCAAAUCACGCUCCAACGGUCAUAUGUUCUAGGGUUUCUUCUAUGUUUCUCUCUGAAACCCCUCCAACUCCUUCACCAGAUACAUAUAUAUACAAACCUAUCCUCUACUUUUCCCUCCCGCACUGGACAAGAAGAAGAAACGAUAAUCUUCUAUUACUAGAAAACACCUCGCUUCAUAUUCGUCGUUUUCCGAUCGGAAAUGGAUUUUCACAGCCUCGCAAGGAAGGAGCUCCAAGCUCUCUGCAAGAAGAACAAGAUACCAGCUAACAUGACCAAUAUCGCCAUGGCUGAUGCUCUCAAAGCUCUUGAGAAGGUGGAAGGACUUGAUGAACUCAACAAUGAUCCGAGAUCCGAUCCUCAGGAAUCCCCGGAGAAAACUAUAAAUGCGGCCCCUAGAACUGCUUGCAGAACCUCAACUAGGAGAAAGCCCAGUACUGUUGAGCCUGAAAGUUCACAACCAAAGACUCGUACUCGCUAUGCCACAAGAAAAAUGGUUGCCGAAGAGACUGAACAAGAAAACGAAAAUGUGAAUCUAUUGGAGACUCCAGCAAUGCCCACCACCAGGAGAACGGCACCAGCUGCUUCAGCAACCCGAAAUAUGGAGGCCCAAUUGAUGGAAAUCGGAGAGGAUGAGAAACUACUAGGUCAAGAGAAAAGUGAUGUGCCAGAGACUCCAGCAAUGCGAACCUCUCGAAGGAAGGCUCCAGCAGUUUCAACUAGGAAGAAAAUUGAGGAUCAGAAGGAUGAGAAAUCGGUUCAGAGAGUGUACAGUACAAGGCAGUCAGUGAGGUUGUUGGAGAAAAGCAUGGCAGUGUUGAGCUUGAAGGAGAAAAGGAGAGUUGAAGCUGUGAAAAUUGAGGGAUUGUGUGAGAGAACUAAGGAAGUUGAACAGAAGAAUGAUGUGCCUGAAUGUGAUUCCCAACUUCUUUCAUUCCAAAAUAUAGAUGAGACAUCAGAGAGUGAAAGUGGAAAGAAGCAUGGUAUUCAAGAGGACAACAACAGCAAUAACCAGGAAGGGGAAGGUUUAGAAGUUCUUUCAUGGAAGAACUCGGAGCGUCCUCUGGGGAAUGAAAGUGAAAUGAAGCAUGAAUUUGAAGAGCACAAGACUGUUCAUGAAAUGGACAACUCAGCAGUUUCUUUCCAAAUUGUAUCUCUAGAGAAUGCAAGUGAGAACGAACUUAAUGUGCACAACGAUAUUGCUGACCAUGAAGUGGAUUCUGAAGUUCUUGGCCAGAACAUAGAUCAAUUGCUGAAGAGUGAAAGUGAAGCAAAUCUCCAGGGAGGUGAAAAGAUUGAUCAUGAAGUGGAAAUGCAAGUAGGUUAUGAGGCUUGCACUAAUUUGGAUAACGAUUCAGGAUUAGAGAAAGAUGAUGAAGACAAUAGUGAGAGUUCAGAUGCAUCUUUUUUUCUGCAAGUGGAAACCUCAGGAAAGCCAGUAGAUAUGAAUUGUGAAUCCACUGACGAGAAAGGCCCAGAUGUGAUGGCUGAAAACUCUGAGACUUUGAAUGCUGCAAUGAAUCCAGACAUUGAGAAAGAAUUGAAUAGCAAUCAAGAUUCUUUGAUUGUUGAAGUGUAUGAUGACAGCUCUGUUUUGGGCAUGGAAACAAUUGUUCCAGAUGAAGUUUCAUUUGAGGUCUCAUUGACUCCUGAGGUAUCCGAAGCCAUGGGCAAAAGCUCUGAAAUGAAUUUGAUUGAUGAUGAGCAGCAUGGCAUUAAUGAUCUGCACUCAGAUGCUGCCACUGAGGAAGGUACUGAUGCCAAUGCAAUUAAGGAAGUGUCUGAUAGCAGAGGAUCAGAUAAAGUUCAAGAAAAUGACAAUGCAGAAAACAUCGAAGAGAAGGCUCCACUUCUUCCACAAGUCGAUUAUGAGAAGUCGGAGAGCAUAAAUGAAUCUGAAAGCCCUUGGUUCACUCUCCAGCAUGAAAAAUGCAAGGAAGCUUCUGAUAACUUUGCAAAUGAGUAUGACAUUGAUGAUGUCAAUGUAAGUGAUGCUAAAGAACCUGACAUGAUAAUAGCCCAUGACCAGAAAAGCCCUUUCUGUUGUCUUCUGGUUUCAGACAGUGAAGUUGCAGGUAUAAUUCCUUUGGCUGAUGACCAUGAACAAGAAUUAGCUGCAGCUGCUUACAAAUACAUUCAGACACUAAACAAGUCGCCAACUUCCUUGAAGCAAACGAGUCGCUAUCAACCUGUUGUUUCCAGUGAUCAUGUCACAGCUGGCAUGGUGAUUUCCUCACCAUCUGCAACCAAUAGAAUUCAGGAUCAGUCUCAUCUGUCAACUGAAUCAACACCAAGGAAAUAUUCAACUAAGAAACAGACAAGUCAGAAGAUCAUGUAUCCAGACUUUAACAAGGAGAACAUUGACAAUAGUGCCAGAAAGAUAGAGCCUAAUAAAGAUAAGGUGAAGAAGAAGGUUGUUGAUGAAGAGAAAAAAUUUGAGGAGGUCAGCUUAAGGCAGCUAUCCAAGAUGUUGAAAGAAAAACUGCAGAUUGCCAAUAAGAAUAAUGAAGGAACUAGACCAGCUUUGCAGGUGCUGACGGAAAAUUGUAAAGCUAGUGGUGAACUAGAAAACAAGAACUGAUCUGAAACGCUUUUUACAUGAAAUUGCAGAAAGCUUGUGCAUACAACAAGAGGAGUGAUACAAGAGAGCAUGAUUGAGUAAUAACAAUACCUUGUAUUGAGGAUAUUUCCAUCUGAGGAUAAUUUUUAUGUUUCCAUUAUAGUCUCA